CUUACAGGCAUCACCAUGUGGAUGAUUCCAGGACAGAACCAAACCAGAGUUUCUGAGUUUAUCCUGCUUGGCUUCUCCAGUGACCCAACGACAAAGAGUGUUCUUUUCACUGUGUUCCUUCUUGUGUACCUGAGCUCAGUCCUAGGCAAUGGGCUCAUUAUCAUACUGGUCUGCUUGGACAAACAACUGCAGACUCCCAUGUACUUCUUCCUCUGCAUACUUGCCAUGUUGGAUAUGGGCUAUGUCAGUACCACCAUGCCCCAGAUGUUGGUGCAUCUUCUUGCUCACUCUCACACUAUUUCCUUUGCUGGCUGCUGGAUACAGAUGUAUGCGUUUGGUGCCCUUGCUGCUACUGAGAGCAUGUUGUUUGUUGUCAUGGCUUAUGACAGGUAUGUGGCCAUUUGUUACCCACUGCAUUAUACUGUCAUCCUCAACUGGGGACUGUGCAUACGGUUGGCAGCUGGUCCUUGUGUCUGUGGUUUUUUCUCUGCUUUGUUACAUACUUUCGUCACCAUGAGUCUGCCAUAUUGUGGGCCUAACAGGAUUAACCACUACUUCUGUGAAGGUCCUUCAGUUCUUAGCCUGGCUUGUAUAGAUACCCACAUCAUUGACAUAGUAGACCAGAUCUUGAUUGUUCUUAUGUGUCUUAUUCCAAUUUCCCUCAUUGUGGCCUCCUAUGUUCAUAUUGCCAAGGCUAUUCUCAAGAUCAAAUCCACCCAAGCCCGUUGCAAGGCUUUCUCUACCUGUGCCUCCCACCUGACUGUGGUCACAUUCUUCUAUGGUCCAUCAUCUUACAUCUACAUGAGACCUAACUCUAGUUACUCUCCUGAGAGAGACAAGCAGAUCUCACUCUUUUACAAUUCAUUCACAGCCUUGCUCAAUCCCUUGGUCUACAGUCUGAGGAACAAAGACAUCAAGAGGGCAUUUCUCAAGGUCAUGAAGCAUGGUAGGAGGUAA